AUGCAGCCUUGGGCCUUGGUUAGCCCCGCUUCCCGCGGCAUUGGUCUCCAUCUCGCUCGCCAUUUGCUCCAGAAUACGAAGCUGCCCAUCGUGACCACCGCACGAAAAGACUUGGAUCAGGCCAAGGAAUCAAUCCUCGAUGGCCUGCAUCACGUCGACCAAAGCCGACUCAAUGUCUUGAAGUUGGAUGUCCUUGAUGCAGCAUCCGCUUGCAGUGACCUGUUUCCAAAGAAGGACAACUACUUGCAUCUGUCCUACGCUAUUCCCGGCAUCUUAUUUCCUGAAAAGUCUCCCCAGCAGAUUGAUCAUGAUGAUGCCCUUUUGACCUUCCGGACCAACACGCUGGGUCCCAUGUUGAUGCUUAAACACUUUGGUCCUUUCUUGCCGCGGAAGUCGACACAGCUUUCCCAAGAUGCGUCUUUGCCCAAGACGGCAGUUUGGGCUACCAUGUCAGCUCGUGUGGGCAGUAUCACUGACAAUCAGCUUGGUGGAUGGUACUCGUAUCGUGCCUCCAAGGCUGCUGUCAACCAGGUCACAAAGACCUUUGACAACCAUCUACGGACCGCCUCAGGCGAGAAGGCUAUAGCUAUCAGCCUGCACCCAGGCACUGUCAAGACAAGCUUCAGCAAGGAAUUCUGGGGCGGUGUCAAGGAAGGAAAGCUGUUCAGUCCUGAAUUCUCGGCUGAGAAGCUGUACGAGGUUGUUGUAGGCAGGACUCUGGAGGACAGAGGCAAGUGCUGGGACUGGAAGGGCGACGAGGUUCCGCCCUAG